GUCCCUUUAUCUAUACUGCUAUUUUCCUAACUCUGACGUCAGACCCUCCGGCGGAUUUCUCCUCUCGGGAGAGAAGCACGGCGUCAGUAGCAGUAGCAGUAGCAACAGCAGCAGCAGCAGCAUCCCUUUACGUCUCUCUCUGUACGCGUUGCGACGCGGCGCAGAAACGAAAGGGGGCUUCUCGCGCGAGGGCGAAAAACGACUCAUGGGUGGGGGGGGUGUGCGAGCAGCAUCCGUCGAGGGGUUGGCCUCGUCGAUGUCGGCGAAAGGAGAGGGUGACUGUCCCCAUACAAAAGGAUAGUAACGAGUGGGGGUAGUAACGCCCGCCCAUUGGUCCGCCCAUGGUCCGACCGAAGCGGAGUCAUUUGGAAUCAAUCCGUGGCACGAUUUCACCCUGUUGUAGAGACAAUCGUUGUUCUAAGUUCGCGAGAACACGAACGUUUUAUUCGAUUAAUCGACAGAAUUUUUCCGUCUGGACUGUUUUUUUUUUCUUUCCGUCAAUUUCACCUAUUCGUUCGUUCCCUCUUUUUUCUUUCUUUUUUUUUUUAUUUCCUUUUUAUUUACCUGAAAGAUCAUCUCAUACUUGACCCAUUUCGAAAUCCAAGUUAUGUUUUAUCUGGUGUAUUAUCGAAGAAAACAGUUUAGUGUUUUAUGCCUGAAGGUUAAAGUCUGACGAUAUGUACCUUCGAUCAUGGAGAUCCGUUUAAAAGGUUCCAUCGUUUUAGUAAUAAUAGAAGAGAAACAUCCUUGACGGCGGCACGUCAUGCCGAUGUACACGUUCCUCUUGGCUAAACUCAUUGCGAGUGUUUAGAACCGGUAAACAGAGAAAGAACGAGAGAGAGAGAGAGAGAGAGAGAGAGAGAGAGAGAGAAGAAGGAAGAAAAUAAAAAAGGCGCGUUAUCGUUGUGGAAACAAACUAUUAGCGAAAGAUAGCACUCCAAGAAAGAGAGAGGUAGAGUCUCGCGUGUGACAGUUCGCUUCGGUGAAAUAUGUCGGACGCGGGACGUCGACGAGGAAUCUUCUCCGACGGUGAUGUUUCCGACAACGUUUGUCCUUGAGAUCCGCAAGAAGACUUAAAAAGAAGACUAAAAAAGAUUUGAUCUAAUACGGAAUCGUUGAUAAAAGUUUCGAAGAAGGAUCGUUCGGGGGUUCUUCUUUUUUUCUCUCUUCUUCGUUUCCUUUUUCUUUGUUGUAUCAAGGACGAACGGAAUGCAAGCAAUGACCUUGAGCGUUGAAAGAAAGUGGUAAAAUAAGAAGUGUGUUUUUCGGUUCUGAUGAACGUUCGAGGGAACUCAUGGAAGCGCAUUGUGCGAUGAUGAUGUCGAAUCUGUCGUGCGACGGUUGCGCUGACAGCAGCAGCCGGGAUUCCGACAGCAGUAGCAUGAUCGUAGAUCCGGUGAGUCUCGAUAAGAACGACAUGUCACCGCCGCAAUCGUCGUCGAGUCCGUUAAUAUCGAGUUCUCCGGUACCAACGAUGACAGCGGCGACGACGAACUCGUUAAGAUGUCGCGGAGGUGCGAAUAGAAUGACGAAAAAAAUGCCAUACUCGAGGAUGCCGGUAACGUCGGUGGCGUUGUCCUCGAAGUCAACGAGUCAACAAAAAACGUCAACGGCGGGUCAACAGUCAUCCGGUUAUGGAAACGAGAAAAUGUCUUCGUCUUUGAUAAAACCACCAUAUUCCUAUAUAGCAUUGAUCACCAUGGCCAUCCUACAAUCACCCCAAAAGAAACUUACGCUAAGUGGCAUAUGCGAAUUUAUAAUGUCACGAUUUCCAUAUUAUCACGAUAAAUUUCCAGCCUGGCAAAAUUCUAUCAGGCAUAAUCUAUCGUUGAACGAUUGUUUCAUUAAGAUACCAAGAGAGCCCGGCAAUCCGGGUAAAGGCAAUUAUUGGACAUUGGAUCCACUUGCCGAGGAUAUGUUUGACAAUGGUAGCUUUUUACGACGUAGGAAGAGAUACAAGAGGCCACCGCCUCAUUACGUUCUUCGCGACAGGGCUAUCAUGGCUACCUUUGCAAUUUGCGGCGAUCGUGGACCUUGUCCAGGUGGUGGGGCUGGACAUCCAGGUACAUUGGCUUAUCCCGGUGCUGCAUACCUUUCGCCACCACCCGGCCUACCACUUUUGGACUUUUCUCCGUCUACGUUGGAAGCUCUCAAAUUAGGUGCUUUCCUCGAGCCCCCAGCACCGCUUUACAAGCCUGUACCCAUUACCGCACCGCCUAUCAGACAACUCGAACCAACACCGACUAGGACAACAACGACGAUACCAAUGAUCAACGCACAGACCAGCGUUGAGAAGAAAAGAAACUUUAGUAUCGAUGCACUCAUCGGCAAACAAACGGUCAGCGAUCAAGGUUGCGCCGGUCUUCUCGAUCUUAGUCCGUCGGAGCACAGAGAAAUUAGAAGUCAAGCGUCCGCGUUUUCGCCUCUCGUUUAGAGCAAACCUUUCAUUUUGCUCGAUAAUUAUCUUUCGAUAUCGAUCGAUAGCGAUUCCUUCGUCCAAGUCGUCCGAUCCACCGAUGUAAUUCACGAUUAAUCAGAUAAUGGAACCCGUCGUAAUAAUGUAAAUUGGAUUUAUAGUAAUCGAAUUGUAUAUCUCGUAGAGAGAGAGAGAGAGAGAGAGAGAGAGAGAGCGAGAGAGAGAGAGAGAGAGAGAGAGAGAGAGAGAGAGAAUGAAAGACAAAUUUCGACGAAAGGAGUCGCGUAUAUUUCGUUUAAAUGGACUAAUCGUCGAUCGGUCACAUUCCUAUAAGAGACUCCUUAUCAAAGUGACUUUGUUUCGUCGGUUUUUAUUAUUAGAAUAAGGUCAUCGUCCAGUGAAUGGUGAUUUUAUUUGUACGGACGAUCGCAUCGAAAAAGGAUGCGAAUAAAUAUUUUCAAUACUCGAUCGUGAUCUCGACAUUCUCCUUCUAUUGAUAUACCGAUCCUAUAAUCAGCUACUGCGUCAGUUAUUAUAGGAUUUAACUAUCGUAAAUUUUUAGUCGAAAAUAAACUUUGACAAAUAAUGUUACUACCGAUCGUCGGAGACUCGAAAAAUUAUAUCACCAUCAGCGAAAGUCAUGCGUUUGUUAUGAAUCGACUAUAAUUAAUCAACGA